UGUCAUAUCUCUACUGUCAGUUCCCACUUGUCAGCAUUUUGACAGGUCGAUGGAAUGCAAAAUGUUCUGUGGCUAAAAUAGGUUAAUUUUGAAAUAGAGAAAAUACGAAAACCCUUUUUAUUUUUCUAUGCGAAAACCGAAAACCAUGUUUAAUAUAUUUUGAUUUAGUAUGCUAUAUAUUUAUUGCGAUAUUUAGAUAUAAAAUUCAUUUAUUCGUUAUAAUAAAUACAGUGUUCUUAAGCCUAAAACAAGUGUUCAAAAAUGCCUAAAGAACAGUAUCGUGAAACCGAUGUGGCGAGAAAAAUCUCGCAUGUUAGUUUCGGUGUCGAAAGUGCCGAAAGUAUGCAACAACAGUCCCAUCUUCAUGUUGUUGCAAAAAAUUUAUAUAAUCAAGAUGUUCAACGUACGCCCGUACCUUAUGGUGUGUUAGAUAAAAGACUGGGUACCAAUUCAAAAGAUACCCCUUGCCAAACUUGUGGAAAAAAUAUUAAUGAAUGCGUAGGACAUUUUGGAUACAUUGAUUUAGAAUUGCCUGUCUUUCAUGUUGGUUAUUUCAGAAGUAUUAUUAGCAUUUUGCAAUCAAUUUGUAAAAAAUGUGCUUAUGUUCUUCUUGAUGAAGGUGAUAAACACCAAUACAGGAUAAGACUAUCAAAUCCACAUCUGAGUUAUAUGACCAAAAAAGCUAUCAGAAAAAAACUCGUUGAUAAAUGUAAGAAAAACACAAAAUGUCCUAAUUGUAAGGAAAAAAAUGGAUUUGUUAAAAAAAUGACUGCUAAGGGUAAUACUGGAAAUUCGGUAUUAAAAAUAGUUCAUGAAAGAAAUAGAGAAAAAGAUAAAAAGGUUUUAUUAGACGAUCAGAUUAAAGAGUAUUCUAUUGCCAUUGAGAGCAAUCCUGAUAUAAAAUCUGCUUUAACUGGAAGUCCUAUUUCUGAAAUCUUAACUCCUAUAGAUGUUAUCAAACUGUUUGAAAGGAUCCCUGAAAAUGAUAUCAUCCUAUUAGCAAUGGAUCCAAAAAGGUCUCAACCAAAAGACUUGAUUUUUACAAGAUUAUUAGUACCGCCUGUGAGUAUUAGACCUUCGGUUGUGUCAGACCUUAAGGCUGGAACCAAUGAAGAUGAUUUAACAAUGAAGCAAUCUGAAAUAAUUUUUAUAAAUGAUGUAAUAAAGAAGCACAAGCAAUCUGGGGCAUCUGUAAAUAUGUAUCAAGAAGGUUGGGAUUUUUUGCAACUCCAGUCUGCCCUGUACAUUAACAGUGAACUAUCAGGGGUUCCACUAGCAAUGAUGCCAAAAAAACCAGGUAGAGGUUUAGUCCAAAGGCUAAAAGGUAAACAGGGCCGCUUUAGGGGUAAUCUUUCUGGAAAGAGAGUUGAUUUUUCUUCUAGAACUGUAAUAUCUCCAGAUCCUAAUCUAGAAAUAGACCAGGUUGGUGUUCCCAAACAUAUUGCCAAGAUAUUGACCUUUCCUGAAAGGGUUAUACAAGCCAAUAUUGACGUUAUGAGAAAGUUGGUUAUAAAUGGACCUUCCAUUUGGCCAGGAGCAAAUUAUGUCCAACAGAAAGGCUCAAUAUUUAAGAAAUUUUUAAAAUAUGGUAAUAGAGAAAAGCUGGCUCAGGCUUUAAAGUUAGGGGAUAUAGUAGAACGUCAUUUACAUGACAACGAUGUCGUUCUAUUCAAUCGUCAACCCAGCCUGCACAAAUUGUCUAUCAUGGCGCACAGAGCCAAAAUACAUAACCACCGAACAUUUAGAUUCAACGAAUGCGUUUGCAACCCUUACAAUGCUGACUUUGAUGGUGACGAAAUGAAUUUACAUUUGCCUCAGACGGAAGAGGCGAAAGCGGAAGCACUUAUUCUAAUGGGGAACAAAAGUAAUUUGGUUACACCGAGAAAUGGGGAACUGCUUAUUGCCGCGACGCAAGAUUUCUUAACUGGGGCUUAUUUGUUAACAAAAAAGGAUACAUUUUUGGAUUUCACCCAUGCCUCGCAAUUAGCAGCCACUCUUCUAGCUGGAAAUGACACUCAUAUACACAUUGAUUUGCCUACGCCUUGUAUAAUUAAGCCCAUUCCUCUGUGGUCCGGCAAACAAAUUUGCAGCCUGAUAUUUAGACCGAAUAAAAAAUCUAUCGUUAAGGCCAACCUAGAAGCCAAGGGUAAAGCUUACACUAAAAAUAGGGAAAUGUGUGUAAAAGAUUCUUAUGUAAUAAUUAGAAAUUCCGAACUGAUUGCUGGUACAUUCGAUAAGGGCCAUCUAGGUAGUGGAGGAAAAGGUGGAAACAUUUUUUAUGUUAUCUUGAGAGAUUUUGGAAAAGAUUACGCCAUUAAGGCUAUGUGGAGAUUAGCAAGAUUAACUUCGACGUACUUGAUGAAUUCUGGAUUUUCCAUUGGAAUUGGUGAUGUUACGCCUGGAGAAAAUUUAAUAAAAAGGAAAAAUAAACUUCUUAGUGAAGGAUAUGCUAAGUGCCUAGAAUUCAUUAAACAAAUGACCGAAGGAAAGCUAGAAACCCAACCUGGAUGCACUAUAGAAGAAUCACUGGAAGCUGUAAUUUUAAAAGAACUUUCCGUUAUAAGAGAGCAUGCCGGUCAAGCUUGUGUAGCCGAAUUGCACGCGACUAACAGCCCUCUUAUCAUGGCGUUAUCGGGCUCGAAAGGUUCUUUUAUCAAUAUAUCUCAAAUGAUUGCAUGUGUGGGUCAACAAGCUCUUAACGGUAAAAGAGUGCCCAAUGGUUUUGAUUAUCGAUCAUUACCUCAUUUUGAACACAACUCGAGAACUCCAGAGGCAAAAGGUUUCGUAGAAAACAGUUUUUAUACCGGUCUGACCCCCACAGAAUUUUUCUUUCACACCAUGGGUGGAAGAGAGGGUUUAGUAGAUACGGCAGUGAAAACUGCCGAAACUGGUUAUAUGCAAAGGAGAUUGGUUAAGGCUCUAGAAGAUUUGGUUUUACAUUAUGACGGCUCUGUAAGAAACGCGGAAGGUGAUAUUAUUCAAAUAAACUAUGGUUGCGAUGGUUUGGACCCUACUUUUAUGGAAGGUAAAGAUUGCCCAGUUGAUUUCGAUAGAGUAUUAGAGCACGUUAAAGCCAAGUGUCCUUAUAGACAAGAAGUAGCUCUUAACGGUGAUCAGAUUAGACGAGCGACUCAGGCGUUUAUAGCGACAAACGCUCUCGAAGAAUGCAGCGAGCACUUUAGAAAUGAACUCGUAAACUUCACCAACACCUUUGCUGAUAAAGUAGAAAAAAUCACCAACACUUUCGGUAGUAGUCCAAUAGUAAAGGAAAUAGAAAGACUCACAUGCAGCCAAUUGGUAACUUUUCUGGAAACUUGCGGACAAAAAUACACCAGAUCGAUAAUAGAACCCGGUACGGCUGUAGGAGCUUUGGCUGCCCAAAGUAUUGGAGAACCCGGUACGCAGAUGACGCUUAAAACCUUUCAUUUCGCAGGUGUCGCCAGUAUGAAUAUUACGCAGGGGGUUCCCAGAAUAAAAGAAAUUAUAAAUGCGAGUAAAAAUAUCAGUACGCCCAUUAUAAGGGCCAGUUUGGUAAAUAGUGUUGACCAACAGUUUGCUAGAGAAGUUAAAGGAAGAAUAGAAAGAACUACUUUAGGAGAGAUUUCGACAUUUAUUGAUGAUAUUUAUACAAAAACUGAUGCAUUUUUAUUAAUUCAAUUAAACUAUGAGAGGAUUAAAUUACUUAAACUAGAAGUCAAUGCUGAAUCUAUUCGUUAUAGUAUUUGCACGUCCAAGUUAAAACUGAAACCAUCAGACGUAGUUGUCGAAAGUGAGACAAUAAUAACAGUUCAUCCAAAUAGGAGUAAGCAUUCUAGAAGAUUGAAUUUUGCUCUCAGCGAACUGAAAGUUUUAAUUCCUAAUGUUGUUGUAAAGGGAUUGCCAACAGUAAAUAGGGCAGUUAUAGCAAGAGAAGAUAGGGGUGGUAAAACCACGUACAGUCUUUGUGUAGAAGGCGACAAUUUGCGAGAAGUUAUGGCUACGUAUGGGGUAGAAGGAAAAAAAACUGUUUCUAACAAUAUUAUGGAAGUUUAUCAUACAUUAGGAAUAGAAGCUGCAAGAGAAACUAUUAUGACAGAAAUUAAAAUGGUAAUGGAAAAUCAUGGUAUGAGCGUAGAUUACAGACAUAUAAUGUUACUAGCAGCACAAAUGACACAUACUGGAGAAGUUUUGGGAAUUACCAGGCAGGGGUUAUCAAAAAUGAAGCAAUCUGUAUUAAAUUUAGCUUCAUUUGAAAAAACUGCAGAUCAUCUUUUUGAUGCAGCUUAUUAUGGACAAACAGACAAAAUCAAUGGAGUCUCUGAAAAUAUCAUCAUGGGAAUGCCUGCUCCAAUUGGAACUGGAAUUUUCAAGCUACUACACAAACCAUUCUCUGUAGAUCAGACACCAGAAUCUGAACCAUUACUUUUUGAAACAACUUUGAAAGAAAUUAGUUAAUUUUUUAUUAUUGUUUUUAAUAGGUUUUAUAUAUUGUUACAAAUUGGGAUACAAUAAAAUACAAAAAUUGAGAAAACAUUUAUGACUCUUUCUUUGUUUGAACCAGUUCUCGCAAGCUAUUGGUAGCUUCUUUUAGUGAGUUUUCUAAAUAUGUUUUGUUGUUUUCUAUAACUUUAAUUUUUUCUUCUGCAGUGCUCUGUUUUGUCUUUAAAUUUUCUUUUACUUUGUCCAUGGGAGUGAGAAGAAACAUUCUACCUACUGAUUCGUAAGUCUUGAUAGAUUCAUCCAAUGAACCUAUUUCUCUGAAAAAUGAAAUAUAUAGGGCUUUAUUCAAUGGAAACAACUAUAAAUAAAAAUGAGAAAUGUUUUUUUUCUCCUG